AUGGAUGGGCGGAAGUUCGCCGGCGCGUGUCUUCAGAUGCUUUCCGAGCGGAUUGCCUGCAUUCAGCAAGUUGAACUACACCCCCAACCCCGGCAUACGCAGCAUGGGAUAAGCAGUAUGGGACGAAACACGAUUCCUCACACUUCGACUUGGUCGUUGGGUGCCCCAGAACUUCCGCCUGGCACAACUGGCACCUUUUCCCCUCCACCCCACCUUUUCAUUCCCACCUUGACGACACACGCACGCGUUCUCUACAGACGUACCGCCGUACCUUGCGUCGACUCGGUUACCGGUAAGAUUGAGAUUACCUUUUUCUUUGGACUUCUCCAUACCGGGCUCUGCACACUCUGGAGUCUGGAUACUGGGGCGCGGACAUGGGAUACCCAAACCCCCCGACCCACACUCAUGUACAUACAUCUCCAAGUUUUUUCUUCACGGUGUCUUGGCUCGAUCAUCCGCGGCAUCUUAACUCCUACACCUCCAAAAGGGGGCAGGGUAGCUCCGUCCGAGCCCUUCUGCUCAGAGAUCCCCCGCACCGAAGAAACCCAAAAGAGUGAUAUAUCGACAUCCCCCGAUAUUGAAUGCACGCCCCCUUUUCCCUUCGUUGCCCCUCCAUCGAAUGCCUGCCGCGCCCCCGACCCGAAUCCCCCUGUCGCACUUCCUUUGCUGCCUUCCUUGUCCCCGACAUCAUUCGACAGCGACGAACCCUCUUGGCCGAAGCGCUUGCUCGAGUGCUUUGCUGUUGGGGAUGUUGUGGGCGGCUACACGGAGCUAAUUCAUUGCCUUUUGUCUGUAACAACCCAUCUAUCAAAGUUUCUUGAAUCGCAUGUAUCGUCCCAAAAUAUGUCUUCAGCCCUGCACGUAACUGUAUUCGUCCUACACUGCAUAAACUACAGUCCCCAGUCUCUUAUAGCAGUUGCCAUUUCUGCAUGCACCCAAAAGGAAUUCCUUCGCGCGGAACCCGAACCGGGCCCUGGUGUCCGGAAGAGAAACUCGUUCCCCAACUUGCCAACGCCAAGAGCCGAGACAUUCGAACCCCCCCCCCAUCCCAUCCCCAUCGUCCAUGGGCCCCAUCCCAAGUCCCGUGAGGCUGCGAACUCGCCCGCCGCCUCCGCCGCCGCCUUGCUUCACCUGUGCGGAUCCGCACUUGCAUUGCCCACAAGCGUCGGCCGCGAUUUCUCAUCGACUUCUAUUUUCUGGGGCUGCCGCUCCCAAUUACACCCUUGCUCAAAUUGCCAAUGGUCCAAAGUUGCUAGGCGCCACUCACUUCAUUCUCAUUCCUUGGUCCAAUAG